AUGUUACCCAAGCUAUUCUCUCCAAUUAAGGUUGGCAGAUCUCUUUUAGCCCACCGUGUAGUCUACUGUCCCCAAACUCGGCUCAGAGCCAGUUCCGAACACGUCCCAGUCCCACUUAUGGCUAAAUACUAUGAUCAACGCACGACUGAAGGAGGUCUACUUAUCACCGAAGGAGCUUCUGUUUCUGGAAACAUUGGUGGUUACCCUUUUACUCCUGGAAUCUACAACGAGCAACAGAUAGAAGGAUGGCAAGACAUUACUAAAGCUGUACACAACAAAGGCGGCUCUAUCUAUAUCCAACUCUGGCAUCCCGGGCGCGCCACAUCAUCGGCCCUCAUGCCAGGUGGAAAGCCUCCAGUGUCAGCAUCUGCUAUUGCUAUUAAGGGCAAGAACAUGGCCGGUGCUGAUUAUGAAGUCCCUCAUGCUCUCGAACAAGAAGAGAUCAACGAAGUUAUAGAUAUGUUCGCCCAGGCUUCAAAGAACGCAAUUAGCGCUGGAUUUGACGGCGUCGAAAUUCAUGGCGCUAAUGGAUAUCUUAUUGACCAAUUUAUUAACGCGUCCAGUAACACCCGCACCGACAAAUAUGGCGGGUCUAUUGAAAACCGUGGUCGUUUUGCUUUGGAGAUUACUGCUGCUGUUUCCAAGGCUAUCGGAGAAGACCGUACCGGUAUCCGUUUCUCACCUUGGACUGAAUACCAGGAUAUGAUUGACGACACACCUUAUCAGACCUGGGGUUAUCUUAUGGACAAGCUACAAGAGAACCAUCCCGAUCUUGCUUAUAUCCACUUUAUCGAACCUCGCGAUGACUAUCUCAUCCCAGCUGGCGAUCCUAAGCAGCCCACAGAUAAGGAGACAGAUUCUAUCGAACCUUUCCGUAAAGCAUGGAAGGGACCUAUUAUAACUGCCGGAGGAUAUACUACAGAUGUAAAGCGAGCAUUUGAGACCGCAGAGAAAUACGAGAACACCUUGGUUGGUUUCGGUCGUUCAUUCAUUUCCAACCCUGAUUUAGUUUACCGUCUCAAAAAUAACUUGCCCCUUAACCCUUACGAUCGCUCUACUUUCUAUACUCAAGGCAGUGUUGGAUACACUGAUUAUCCCUUUUACAACGAAAAAGACAGCUCUAAUUAA